AGGCACGGAAGUGACGUCAUGAAAGGUCAGGGUUCAUUGUGGUGUCAACACAUGUGCGUCCGCCGGAGCCAUGCGUUUUGAGGUGGAAAACUAAAAAGUUUCAGCGGAUUUGUUGAUUAUUUGUGAACAUAAAAAAUGCCUAGAGACAUAUCAUCUUCAUCAAGCGAAGAUGAAGACGAUAACAAUACUACAGAGUCUCCUGUAGAGCCAAAAGAAACGGAUAAGAAGCCCACCAGGUACCAGUGUCCUGCUGACUUUGUGUCUUUCCGCCAUAAACCCUGCAGCAGCACUCUCACCAAGAGUCUGAAGAGCAAGGAGAAUGAGUUAUGGCUCAUUAAAGCUCCUGCCAGCUUCAACCCAGAAUGUUUCAGUGGCAUCAAGGUUCCUCUCUCAGGUCUCCGGACCCUGAAGGUUCCUUCUGCUGCAGGUAGCGUCCAGCAGAUCUACAGCGUCCUGGCCUCCACCCAGGGGACCUCGGAGCUCCGCCUGCUCACCAGCCACAAACCCUCCUCAGCUGCGGUGGCGUUCGGCCCCGAGUUCUCAGGCCUGCUGAACGUGUGUGAGAGUUACGGGGACAGCAGCGCCAACCAGUCCCCGCAGGUCAUCCCAGCAGCUGCAGCUCCCUCCAUACCUCCGGGGCUCAAACAGAGGUUCCACCCGUUCGGCAGUAAGACCCCCACAUGGAGCUGCGUGGCAGAGAUCGACGUGGACGUGGACCCCCUCCAGCCCUCGUCUGCAACGCUCCGCCCACAGGCUGCAAAACGACCCAUAGAGGAAACAUGGCAGGAGCAAGGAGAAGAGGAGGAGGAUGAAGGGAGGAAAAAGAAGAAGAAGAAAAAGAAAGAGAAGCGAUUAAAGACGGAGCAAGAAGAGGAAGAAGUGGUGAGAGUGAAAGAGGAACCUGGAGCUGAGAUUCAGGAUGAAGUGAUGACGGAGGGUGGUGACGUUUUGGAGGAAAAGAGGAAAAAGAAGAAGAAAAAGAAGGACAGGGAGCGAGAGAAGGUGGAGGAGGGAGUGAAAGAGGAACUGAUAACAAUAAAAUCUGAACCAAUAGACACUUUGUACGGUGAUGUAGUGGAGGGAUCGGGGAAGAAGAAGAAAAAGAAGAAGAAAAGCAAAAGUGAUGACGACUAGUUUGUCGUCACGCUGCAAAAAAGGUGUUAAAAAACAGAUAAAAACAGUAAAUCUGAGGGAAAUGAUCUUGCUGCAUGGACAGAUAAUUUCACUUGACAAGAUUUCUUAAAUUAAGAUUGUUAAAUCUAGAAAUAAGCAUGUUGAACACUUAAAAUAAGAAAUUAACUCUUAAAACAAGAUAAAUUAUCUAACACUUCUAAAUCUAAAGUCUUUUUCAUCUUGUAAGAAACAAAUAGUUUGCACAAAAAAGACACAAAAUGACUGAAAAAUUACACAAAAAGACACAAAAUGACAAAAAAAGACACAAAAAGAUACAAAAUGACAAAAAAAAACAGAAGAAGACACAAAUUGACUAAAAAAAACCCCAAGAUAAAUUAUCUAACACUUCUAAAUCUAAAGUUGUUUUUUUUUAUCUUGGUGAGAAACAAAUAAUCAUCAGAUCACUCUGCUCGGGCCAGUUCAUCGCUUUAAGAGUUAAUUUCUUUAAAAAAUUUGUCCUCACUUU